GCGUGGCCGGGCGAUUUCCUUUCACGCCGGUGCAAAGGCGUGGAGGGCGAUUCUGGAGGAGUCGAAUGAACGCGGAACCAAGCGCCGCGCAAGUUCGAGCCGCCACGAAAACCGGGCCAGUCUCCCCGCUUCCACUCUAGCGCCGCGAGCCUCGAAGGGGCGACGAGGGCGCUUCGCCCAACGGCGGAAAAGCCGCCCCAACAACCGCCACCCAAACCGCGGGCGCUCCGUGGGGCCGGGGGGGGGCGCGCGUUUCCUUCUCGGUCGGGUGGGGCGCCCGUGAGGGAAAUUCCGGCAAGUCAAGUGUCCUCCCUUCUGGGCAAGGUGCCUCCUACUUUCGCUUCCUCAGCUUGAGCCUCUGAAACUCGGCAGAGUUCCGAGUAAGCGGGCUUUACAAGAUCUGGAGCCCGUCUCUCCUAGCGGGAGGGCAGCUCGGUCCCCUCGGGAGAGAUUCCGCAGCCAUUGCCGGUGGAUAAUCAUGACUGAACCAGUGUGGAGCUUGUGGCUGGUCUCUCUGGCUGGAGCUGUGAGCCUUUCUGCCCAAGAGGACUGCCCGUUUGAUGCUGCCUCUGCUUUUUGGAACUGUUCUUCAAAGGCUUUAGCUGCUGUUCCACCUGGUGCUGGAGGUGAUCUCCUGGAACUCGAUCUCUCUUUCAACAGAAUAGAGCGCGUGAGAGCAGCAGACCUGAAAUCUGCAGUCAAUCUCCAAACGCUUUUGCUGCAGUCUAAUCAAAUUCAGACAAUUGAGGAGGAGGCCUUUCAUUCCCUCGUACGGCUGGAGCGCUUGGAUUUAUCGAGAAAUAACCUGACGCUUUUGUCACCCUCGUGGUUCAGAUCCCUUGCUUCCUUAAAGAAAUUAAACAUUAAAGGGAACCAGUAUUUGGAACUUGGGGAAAGACCACUGUUUUCCAGCCUCCAAGAGCUGAGGUUUCUUUCUGUGGGAAAUGACAAUGGCUUCUCCACUUUCCGAAAGCGAGACUUGGAAGGAAUUUCUUUUCUUGAGGAACUGGAGAUAGAGGGACAAAAUCUUAAACAAUACGAGCAAGGAAGUCUCAAAUCAGUCAGACUCUUAAAUUACCUGAUUUUGAGUGGUCUCUCCACUGACAUUUUAUCUCUGUUUAUAUACGACAUUAGAAAAUCAGUGGUGUGUCUUGAGCUGCGAAAUAUGAAACAGCUUAAUAUGGCACACUUUCACUUCCCUGAUCAGGCCAUCUCCAUAGCUGUCCAGAAGUUUGUGCUCAGAAAUGUUGAACUAUCAGAUAGCAGUGUUGUUCAGACUAUAGGUUUCCUGGCAAAUAUGGGUCAUCUGCAUGAGCUGGAGAUUCUAGACUCCAGACAUCAGGGUGUUGGGGAAUUCUAUGGUGUGCCACACAUUUCAAGUAAUAUUCAAGUGUUAACGAUCAGAAAUAUGUCAAAUGACCAAUUUUAUGCAUUUUCUGAUCUUUAUACUGCAAUGUCUCUUGUAAAGAAUAUUACAAAGCUAACAGCUGAAAAUGCAAAAGUUUAUCUGAUACCUUGCGUAUUUGCACAAAGUUUCCAUUCACUGCAGUAUCUUGAUCUCAGUGUCAAUUUGUUGAUGGAUACCGCUUUAGAUCAUUCAUUGUGUGAGGGUGCCUGGCCUAAAUUACAAACUUUAAAUGCCAGUCAGAAUUCUCUGAAACAGAUCCAAGUAGUAGCAGGAAGUGCAGCUCGUCUUGCAAAUCUUUCCAGCUUGGAUAUCAGUCAAAAUAAUUUUGAAGCAAUGCCAGACUCCUGUGUGUGGCCAAAACAUCUGAGAUAUUUGAACCUCUCCAGCUCUAAAAUAGACAGGAUCACCCGCUGCAUCCCACCAAGUCUGGAAGUGCUGGAUGUCAGCAGUAACAACCUACAAGAGUUUAGGCUGAGCCUUCCUCACCUUCAGGAGCUUUACAUCCAAAGCAAUAAAUUAGCAGCCCUGCCAGGCGCUUCCUUCAUCCCAAGGGCCAGAGUCAUAAGCAUUCAAGGAAACAGAGUGUUUGGGUUUUCUGAGCAGCAACUUGAGGAUUUUUCAAACCUGGAGACAUUGGAUGCGCGUGACAACAGUUUCCAUUGUACCUGUGAAUUUCUCGCUUUCAUUCGCUCUCAAGCCAGAGUGUCUCAACUCUGCGUGGGUUGGCCCCGAGACUACCUCUGUGAUGGUCCCGAGUACAUCAGAGGGAAGGAAGUGGGAGUUGCCCAGUUACAAUUGGCAGACUGUCACUUUGCUUCCGUGGUGGCCUUAAUCUGUAUCUCGCUGCUGGUGGUCUUCCUGGUGGUGGCUCUUCUGUGCUACAAGCUUCAUGCCAUCUGGUAUGUGAAAAUGAUCUGGGCCUGGCUUCAGGCAAAGCGCAAGCCCCAACGAGUCUGCAGUAAAGAAAUCUGCUAUGAUGCCUUUGUUUCCUACAGUGAGCGGGACUCGGAAUGGGUGGAAAAUGUCAUGGUGCCCGAGCUGGAGCACACCAGUCCUCCCUUCCGACUCUGCCUUCAUAAACGGGAUUUUACACCUGGCAAGUGGAUUGUGGACAAUAUCAUAGACUCCAUGGAGAAGAGUUCAAAGACUCUGUUUGUGCUGUCCGAGCACUUUGUGCAGAGCGAGUGGUGCAAAUACGAACUGGAUUUCUCUCACUUCCGCCUUUUUGAUGAGAAUAAUGAUGCAGUGAUUUUGAUCCUUCUGGAGCCAAUCUCAUCACAUACGCUUCCCAAAAGGUUUUGCAAACUCAGGAAACUGAUGAAUACAAAAACCUACCUUGAAUGGCCAAGGGAUGAAGAAGAGGAGCCAGUCUUUUGGUUUAAUUUGAAAACUGCAGUAAAAUCCUAGGAGAGGACAGGGCAAGCUUGAACACUUUAACAAUGUCCUCCAGUGUCCAAUUGAAUAGUCUGUUCUAAGCCAGCCUUGAAAAUCUCUGUACAGUAUCUGACCCCAAGGGUACAUAAAGAACGUUCCUACUGCUGCCUCCAUCUGAAUCAAGGUAUGUCCUUCUUUGCAAAGCGGAACGAUAAGAACUUCCCCUUCCUGUUUCUCAGCUGCUUACAUUUAAAUAAAAAUUAUGACCAAA